CUUCCCUGACGGGUCCUGAUUAAGGUCCUCCCAAGAAAGACUUCAUUGGAUCCACGCUCAAGAGGACUCUCCCAGGUUUUCCUGACCCCCUACAUCGCUGUAAAGUGCCAAGACCUUAAGACUUGGAUACUCUACGUACAACAAAAUGUACAGAUUUUUCAUUUGAUGACAACUGAUUGUAACCACCACCUCAAUAAAGACCUGAAGUACUUUCUGGACCCCAAAGUGUCUUCUCAUGCCCUUUUCCAUUUUAUUUUAGUGACUGUACAUAUGCCUUGUUUCCUGGGUCCACGGGAAGCAUGAGUCUGUUGGGACUUGGGACAAGAAGAAAACAAGACUUCUUCACAAGGAAAAUCAGACACUAACAAAAAGAACCCCAAGGUCUGAAGAGAGAGAACACAACCAUGGCAGACAGAGGACCUGGGGACCCGCCGAAGGACUCUCAAAAGGAUUUGGAAAAUGACCCUUCAAUAAAUUCUCAGGCACAGGAGACCACAGUCACGGCAAGUACCACCAAAGAAGCUCAGAUCCUGAGACCUGCCUCUGGUCUCAACAAGGACCACCAAGAAGUAGAAACAAUAGGUUCAGGAAGUGCAGAUACAAGUAAUCAAUCCGAAAGUCCAGAUGAAGCAAGUUAUGGGAACUAUCCAAAGGACAAAACAGAACUCAAGACCAACCAGAGUUUUCAGGAUGGCAAACUAGGGCAUCAACUCUCCUCAAAAAGUCUGAGUAAAGAAUCCUUGCAUCUUGAAAGUGUGGGUGAAGAAUCCUUGCAUCCUGAAAGUGUGGGUGAAAAAUCCUUGCAUCCUGAAAGUGUAGGGGAAAAAUCCUUGCAUCCUGAAAGUGUAGGUGAAGAAUCCUUGCAUCCUGAAAGUGGGGGUGAAGAAUCCUUGCAUCCAGAACCCAGCUGUUGUCCAAGUGAGGAGGUAGGAAGAGCAGAUGCACAAUUAGGGAGCAGCUCCGUAGACCUCCCUGAGGAAGCAAGCCACAGACCUGAAGCUUCACAGGAGCCACUUGCCAUAGAUCCCCAGGGUGUCCAGGGUCCUGAUCAUUCCAGUGCAGGGCCGGAGAGCCAGGGUACACGGCGGAGGCGACUGGUGGAACCAGAAGCUGAAAGUCAUCAACAGGAGAUACAAACAUUAGAAGAAAAUAAAGAGGAUGCACAGGACGCCAUAAGAAAGAGUAAUAAAAAGGAUUUUUGGAGCUAUGGCUCCAUCUUUCUUGUCUCCCUGGUGGCUCUUGUUUUGCUAAGCUCCGCUCAAAGCUACUACUCCUCGCCAGCACAGCAAGUGCCCCCCAAUCCAGCGUUGGAAGCCUUCCUGGCUCAGUUCAGCCAGCUGCAGGACACGUUUCCGGGCCAGAGCGCUUUUCUGUGGCAGAGAGGACGCAAGUUCCUCCAGAAGCACCUCAACGCUUCACACCCCACCGAGCCGGCCACCAUCAUCUUCACAGCAGCUCGGGAGGGAAGAGAGACCCUGCGGUGCCUCAGCCACCGCGUGGCGGACGCCUACACCUCUUCCCAGAAAGUCUCUGCCAUCCAGAUCGACGGGGCGGGAAGAGCCUUGCAGGACAGUGACACCGUCAAGCUGCUGGUGGACAUGGAACUGAGCUCCGGCUUCGAGGAUGGCAGGAAGGCCGCCGUGGUGCACCGCUUCGAGUCCCUCCCUGCAGGCUCCACCUUGAUCUUCUACAAGUACUGCGACCACGAGAACGCGGCCUUCAAGGACGUGGCCCUCGUCCUGACCGUCCUCCUGGAGGAGGACACGCUGGCCGCCAGUGUGGGCCCCAGGGAAACGGAAGAGAAAGUGCGGGAUUUGCUCUGGGCCCGGUUUACCAACGCGAACACUCCCAGCUCCUUCAACCACAUGGACUCGGACAAGCUGAGCGGGCUGUGGAGCCGCAUCUCGCACCUGGUGCUGCCCGUCCAGCCCGUGAGGGCCAUCGAGGAGCAGGGCUGCCGGCUCUGAGCCACGCGGGCAGGCGGUGGAAGUGAGGGGUUUAUUAAAGGCCUUCCCUUCUGUGGAAGGAAUGGGAGGAAAUCGCCUGAAAAGUACAAGUGGGCUUAUUUUAGGAAAAAAUCGUUUAUUUUUUACUUUUGGUAAAAUUUUUCUAAUCUAAGCUUGACAAAGCUAAAAGCUGACCUGAAUUUUUUUUUCUUUGCUUUUCAAGCAAAUCAGGUUUGAAAUAGAUAACAGAUAGGGUAUAUGUGUGUGUAUAUAUAUAUAAACAGGAUUUUUUUUUUAAUCUAAAAAUAUAGCAGCAGAAUUGCACAGGAAAAUAAUUUUCUCAGAGUAACUACAGAGUGAUUUUUGUUUUCUUGAGACUCUAAAAACCCUUUAGAAUCGUGUUUGGACUAAAGCAAUUACACUUAUGAAGCAAGGAUAAUUUAAACAAAUUUCUAUCAUGUUAAAGAUUUAAAAAAACUUACUUUAAUAGCUUUAUUGUGGAAUUACAUUUUACAGUAAUUUGCACUGUUGAAUAGUAUGAAGAAAGGAAAUUUGUAUUCAAAUAUCUAAUUACUAUAUGUAAGGCACUGUGUUUUUUUUUCUUUUCUGUUAGUGAGCUGAGGUAAAAGCAGUUAUACUCAAGAAAUAGUCUUCAAGAAAUAGUUUUCAAGAAAUAGUCUUAAAAAUUGGAAACAAUGGGGAAUUGGUUAUAAUCAUUGGGAAUGAAGAAAUUCUAAUUGGCUGUAUCGUUACUUCAGCUUUUAAAAAUUAUUUAGAGCAAUGAUUUUACGCUGUGUCUACUCCCCUUCUUUCCCGGCCCCCCUCCUCCCCCAGUAUUAGAGCAGUUCUGUUUAGACUUUUUCAUUGGGAUUCUUAAUAAGAUUUAAUUGGAACCGAGAGUUCCACUGAUAAUGAAGUUUGAAAACCACAAUUAAGGAACACAUCUUAGAAGAUAGUAAAUGCAUAGAAAAGAAAAAAAGAAUGUAUUAAAAUUCCUGAGUACGAAGAGGACAAAAUAUAGGUAUCUUGUACAGACAUGCUUUUUAUGAAAGUUAAAGACCUAUCAAUGAACAGUUGACUGUUUAAAGUAACAUUUACUAGCAUAUUUCUGAUGUUUUUGUUAAUUUCUGUUAGUCAUCAUUUCUGUCUCCCCUGAAUGGAAUUUUACAAUUGUCUACAGUAUGAGUGUCCUUUAUGGUCAUAACUUGACCAUACUGCUUACUUGUUAAGCAGUGUUAGAACAUUCUAUACUGCACCUCAUUUCUUUACCUGCUAGUUAGAAGUGCCAUUAGGUUAACAGAGAAAUGGAAGAGGUGUGGAUGUAGUGAGAGGAAGCAACAUGGUAAAUAGUUUCUAAGAGGUUCUAACGGUCAAUGUUAAUUCUUGGCCGUGUUCUGUGAUUGUAGAAAGAUUGAGACAGUAUUUAUGGAGACGGGAGUUUUUUGUUUUGCAUUUCAGCUCUGAAAGCAGAACUCUAGUAAAUGGCUUUGACCUCAGGAAGGGUGUCCCAUGACACAGCAGUCCUAUCCCAGGUUCCUGGUCUAUUUCAACUACUGGAAUGUUUCAACCAGGAUUUGGCCUCUCUGUUGCUAUGAGAGCAGAGAAGUCAUGGGAUUAAAGUUUGGAAGGAGUUUGGAAACUGUAGGAAGAUGUAAGUAUGUUUCUUAAUACCUAAAAAUCAAUCAUAAAGACAUGGGGGGAGAAUGUAUUUGAAAAUAUCCGUCACACGAAACAUGGAUAAAUCUAUUCUAACCAAGGCCUACCUGUGCUCAGUUGAGGUAGAGGCAUACUAGUACCUAAAGGAACUAUUUUCUUUGGGACUUCAUGAGGGAAUUUUCCAAUAGAGUUGAGGCAAGACCUGCCUGAAUAAAAAGUUAAAGCAAAGUGAUUAUAAUAUCUAUCCAAUAUACACUCAGAGGAAAGUGAAGAGAGGUCUAUAUGCCAUAUUCACAUUUUUUUCUGUAUUUCUAGAGCUCAGAUGCUAGCAUUAAAGCCCAUAAACCAAUGGUGCCUUGUAGAACUGUGACGCUGGCCAGCUGACCUGGCUCCCUCAGGUCUAUAAAGAACCAGUGUGAAGUGUGCAUGUCUAAUACAUCAGUGACUCAGACCAUAGUUGAAACAAAGAUUCUUUUUUUCUGCACUAAGUUGAAUAUGGUUUUUCAUCAUUUCUUUUGGAUAUAAUUUAGAAAAGGAAAUUUCAAAGUCAUAACUUCUUUUUGCUGUUUAGCCUUUGUUAAAAAAAACCACUCUUCCAUAUAUAAGUGCAAUCAACUGAACUGUUGUCAAUUUUCUGUCUAUUCAGAAAUCAUUCUAAAAAGAAGCAGUAUAUUAACUCUGGGUCUUUGAAAAAAGUGAUUAUUUUUAAAGCAUAAAACUUUAUAUUUUUAAAUGAACAAAUAAAAUUUAUUAUCUAAUAGACUCAGGUUAAUUUCAACUCGAUUGUUUCUAUUUUUUUACAUUUUUCAAGUUUCCAAAUUUUCUUUUGUGUGUCUAGUAGUUCAUCUUUCAUUACUAUAAUAGAUAUUUUGCUUAUUUGACUUAGAACAAUGACUUGUGGGCACAUGAUACCAUACAUAAUACCCAAACAUCACCGUUUAAUUAUCACAGAACAAAUCUCAUUACAUUAUAUAUGAACAUAAAUCACUUUUUGAUUGACAUCAGAAUUCUAGAAGCAACUGGUGGAAUGAGAAAUCGUCUCUGGACUUGAGUUUUUCCCCCCUGAGGGAUAGUUUGUAAGGGUUGGCAGAGAAGUUUGGGGGGGAGGGGGGAUUGAUCAUAUCACUAAAGGUGAUAAUGACAUUGUUUCUAUUUUUUAAAUCAAUAAAAUAAUUUAACUGGGUUUCAUUUGAAAGCCUCCAAGUUUACAGGCAUCUGGUAAGGCUCAGAUGCCUGUGGCCCGCCAUCCCCCAGCUAAGGGCCCCACUGAACAGUGCUAGCUGCUGAGGUGGCUUUGACCCUUUCAGUUUUUAACUGUUUGAUUUAUAUUUUUAUCUGCUAAAAACAGGUAGUAUAAUGAGCACGACAAUAACCAACAAAUACAGCAUGUGAAAGUGAUAGUUCAGCAACAUGAAUUUCACCAGGACCGAAUUGGCAUAUUUUUUACGCAGCAUUGGCAUCAAACAAUUGGCAUAUUUUUUUAUGCAGCAUAUCCAGGUGUUGAGCAUUUUAAGAACUAAUGUUAACACGAAAAUGUAAUUCUUAUACCUGAUUAGGGUUAUCAUUUGAUGGGAAUUAAGCUUAUAUGCAUGCAGCUUAUUUCAAAUAGCAACAUGAAAACUUUUUAUCAUUUGAAAAUAAAACAAUUAUAGAAAUAAACCAGUACAUCUUUGUAAAGUGCUCAAUAUAUCAUUUUAUAAAAGCAGUUUUUAAUCUGUUUUUCAAGUUGACUGUGUAGUUAAACAUCAGUAUUCAUUUCAUAUUUGGUUUACUGAUCUGAGUAUUCAUUUUGAGAUUUGUUGUAGUCAUAAUGGUUUUAUUUUUCAAAAUUGUAUCUUGAACACUGUGUCUCACUGUUGAUAUGUGUCUUUAUAUAUGUAUUUUGAAUAUUAUUGAUUACAAAUACUUUAAUCAUAAUCCUUGAAAUACAAAAAGAUUAUUUUAAAGUUUUUUCUAAAGGUGCCCAUGAAAUUAUCAAAUACUGAGCCUCAGAGUCACAUACCUGUGGAUAAUAUAUUUGCAAAAAAGAUGUUGCCAAUUCUAGACAGAGCUAAAUUAAGAUAUCCAUGUUAAACAGUGUCUCCAGAUGACAUUAAUCUAGGCCUUAUUCCUGUUUGUUAACAGUAGGUGUCAGGUUGUGGCCUAAAUUUGCUUCAGUGACACUGAGACUGGGCUCUUGAAACUCGUUUCUAAUAAACUGCCCUGUCACGACGAGGGCCUGGCUUCUCUACCUGUUUUUAAAAAUACAUACGUAAACCAAGGAGGAGCCUGAGCACAUAAUCAGCAUCCUCUAAUCUGCAAAUAAUCUGAAAGGUAAGUGAUUUAGUCUUCAGUGACUUCCCUGCCAGUACUACCUGCAGUAUCUAUUUCAGCUUGUAAAAAUCCAGAGAUCGGUUUCUGUCCUGGGAAAUGACCGCCCACGUUCCUCAUUGGGGCUCAGAAACUAAAUUUGCCGUUGGCUGCCCUAAUCGGUUUGGCUCAGUGGAUAGAGCAUCGGCCUGUGGGCUGAUGGGUCCCAGGUUCUAUUCCAGUCAAGGGCAUGUACCUUGGUUGCGGGCACAUCCCUAGUGGGGAGUGUGCAGGAGGCAGCUGAUUGAUGUUUCUAACUCUCUAUCCCUCCCCUUCCUCUCUGUAAAAAGCCAAUAGAAAAAAUAUAUAUUAAAAAAUAAAUAAAUAAAUAAAUUUGCCGUUGGCUAAGAGCACUCACCGGAAUGAAAGAAUGCUUUGGACUUGGGAAGCAGCAGGCCGAGAAACAUCACGGCAGGGUAGAGUUGGCAAGACGUUAGGCGCAGCGAUCUCGAUCGUCCUUUCCCGGAGCCCACGCUGGGCUGCAGCCUCCUCAGCACGAAGCUUAGGCAGCUGCUCCUCGUUGAUCAGAUGACACGAGAUGUAAACCUACCUGCCAUCCCUGUCAUCAAAUAAAGAAGAGCACGCUGACGUUCAAACAACUGCACUUUGAUUUUUCUCUACUUACCAAAAAAGAAGGCUGUGCCAGUGUUCGUGUCAAGGGUCUUGGUGUGCCCCUUCCCUCCUCGCUGUGACUGCUUUUGCAUUUGUUUCUUAUGGAUGUUGAAGAAUGUGCCUUAUUCAAAUCAGUCGUCUGGUUUUACCAAAAAUAAAGUUCCUUACUUUUCCUCA